CCUGUCACUUGUUGCACUGUCUUCUUCUACUUCAUUUCCGUCUCCCUUCCUCAUACACCUCCCAUAUCUCAUGACUGGGCUUAUGGAGGCCUCCCAGUGUGGGUUAUGGUUGACACCUUCAUUAUCGUUAUUUGUGCGCUUAUUUCCUAUCUGCUCCAUGCUGCGUGGAGAACAUUAGUGUCCGAGCUGGCUGAUUUGGCAGUGCCAUACAGGGAGCGACGCAUUUCUUUUAGGGAGUUCAUGGAGGAAUUGAGCCCCAGGCAAGUUGCUGUCAAACAGCUGAAGCAACAGUUUCUGGAAGCCCUGCAGGCCAACAAUGCUCAGAAGGUCAUGCAGAUUUUGCACACCGGGAAACUAGACAUUGACACUGUGCUGGAGGUGGACGACCCAAGCAUGGUACUGGCUUCAUACAAACAAGGUUAUUGGCUCCCAGGCUACAAACUGGAAAAGUCCUGGGCAAUGGGCAUUCAUGUAUGCGUGAUGUACAAUGCUCUGGAAACAGCACUGGUGCUCCUUCAGGAAGGUGCAGCUGUCAAUCGGAUGCCCAAUGGGAAGACGCCGCUGCACGUGGCCUGCGAGGUCUCCAACAGUGACUGUGUUGCCUUGCUUUUGGCUCACGGGGCAAAGGUCAGCAGCCUGUCACUGAGCGGACACACACCACUGCACUACUGCAUCACCAGGGAGUCUGUGGAGUGUGCCCAGCAGCUCAUUGUCAAAGGUGCAAAAGUCAAUAUGCCCAGCCAGAGCCAUGAUGAGGAGACACCUUUACACACAGUAGCCAGAUUCGGCGUCCCAGAGCUGUUGGCUCUCUAUUUAAACCACGGUGCGUCUGUAGAUGCAGUCAACUUUCUCCAGGAGACUCCUCUGAUGACUGCGGCCUUCUGGGCUUUUGAUCCUAAAGAGCAAAUCUACAGCCAAGACCACCAUCUUGUCUGUCGCCUCCUGCUGGACCACCAUGCAGACCCAAACCUCCAAGAAGAGGACCAUAAAACAGCUCUUCACAAGGCAGCCUGGAACUGUGAUCACGUUCUGAUGCAGAUGCUGCUGGAGGCCGGGGCAGAUUCACGAUCCAUGGACAUAAAUGGCUGUGCCCCCAUUCAGUAUCUCCUCAAAGUGACCGAUGUCAGGCCCAUGGCCAUACCUGAGCUCUGCUAUCAGCUGCUGCUCAACUUUGACGCAGCACGGAUCUACCCACCCCAGUUCCACAAGGUGUUGCAGUCCUGCCACAAUUACCCCAGAGCAGUAGAAAUCAUGGUCAAUUCUUAUGAACGCUUAAAGCCCACGAAGAAGUGGAGAACUGCCAUUCCCGAUGACUGCUACAAGCGUCAUAAAAACUUCUACGACUCUUUGUUCGCUGUUUGCACCAACACGCCCCGCAGCCUGCUUCACCUGACCAGAUGUGCCAUCAGAUCCAGUCUGCGUAGGCUCUGUCACAGAGGUGUAGCACAGCUGCCUCUCCCAACUCCCAUGAAGAAAUAUCUAUUACUGGAACCUGAGGGGAUACUAUACUGAUGAAGAGACCUUUGUUCAUAAAACUCAAAUACUCAAUAUAUAGCCUGUCACCUGACGACUGUAAUAGAAACAUUUGCCACCUGUAGACCGAGGAGAGUGAAAAUGCUGCUCGUUGGAGCUGACGUUAACAAGUGUGCCCCUUUAUAUAUGUGCCAGGCAGACCAUUUUCAGGGGCUAGAAAUUAAGAAAAUGCCUCUCCACAGGGUUUUGGACUGGAGCCCUAAUCAUGUGAACUUAUUUAUAGAGGUGGUUGGACAUGACAGAGGACGGCAUCCAACUAACUACAAAGUUUGAAUCAAUAGACUGUUCAACCAUAAAUAUGCAGGGGUUUGAGGAUCAGGUACUGAGGAUUUUGUUCUUCUGGGCCACAUGGAGCCACUAUCCUGUGCCCACAACCUCUCUUUCUGUAAUCCUUGUAUUAUUUAUAUAUUUCACCUUCUACAGAGGCCCUAUUCGUCUCAUUGAAAGUGAUGUGAGUGCAUGUGAGUAUUUGCAGUCAUUUUCCGCCAACUUGUCUCUCAAUUACAGUGCUGUCUCAUACUUGAGAGGAUCCAAAUCUACCUGGCAACCUGCCUUAAUGUUCACACUCAAGCUCACACUCUUCUGAUACUCCACUAUUUGCAGAACAAACACUUGACAAAGCCCUCCACGACAAGUGCUUGUUUUUCCAGUGGACUGCACAUGUAGCUGUGUACAUGGAUCAAUUUUUGUUGGCCACAAAUGGAGGAAGCAGUGGAGGAAGUAUUCAGAUUUAAUAAUAAUACUAAUUAAAUUAAAUUAAAAGUAAAGUUGUACUGUUAUACCAAUGGAUUAUAAUUAAUCAUGCAUUGAUGUAAAAUCAGGAUUUUACUGACUGAUUGGUUUAAGUGGAGCUCAUUAUGAAUUAUUUUGUAUAGGACUGCAACUAAUGAACAAAGCAUUAUAUUUUUCUUCAUAUGUUUUGUAUGCGAAAAUCCUAAUCUGUAAAGCAACUAGUAACUAAAGCUGUCAGAUAAUAAGAGAAGUAAAAAGUACAUUAUCAAAUUUGUACUUAGUUAUUCCACCAAUAAAACAGCACAAGAAAGGAAAAAAAUAUAUUGGAAGCCUUUCUCAAAACCCUCAAAACAGAGGUCCCUCAGCAAAACAGUGACAGCAACGUAAUAUCAGCAUUAGAUGUUACAUUUGAAGUGCUUUCCAUCCUGACUUCUACUUUCAAAAGUACUUUCAGCUGUAAAUACACUAUAGAUCCUCACCUAAAGGAAGACCAUUGAACCACACUGAAAAGUCUCAUGUAGAGGACACAUGACCUGGCCCAAUCAUCUCGGUCACACCAGCAUGCAGUAAUGGUGUGAGCAUCCCAGUCUAUUUUAUCCAGGCAUUAAGUCUAAUUUUACAUGUGGAGAUAAUGCCAGCGUACUAUAGAGGAAAGCUCUCAGGAGACUGAGGCUGCCACAUGGAGAGAGAGGCGCUGCUGAGCUAUUAAGUGUUUUUGCUGAAGACGAGAAAAGGGAGAAAAUGAACUGGCAGCCUCAAGAAACAUAAAGAGUAAGGCUGCUCAGCUUUCAAUAAUGAAGGCUGAAUUAGGAUGGGAGAAAGGAAACGGAGAUUACUUCUUUGAUCCUUUUCUUCACUAUACUACACAUCAUAUACAGAUACACAGAGAGCCAACAGGAACAUGUCACUAAAAUGGUGUGACUAAGACAAAUUAUUUUUUGCAAACAUUUCAAAGAACAACUGGGGAAAUGUCUUUGAGUGUUUUGUUUUUUUUAAUAUUUCCAGCUUCCCAGUUUGUCAUUAAUGGCAUUAUUUUUCAUUAAAAGAUUUUUUGUGGCAAUGA